AAUGGCGGGUAUGGACGGAUUCGGUUUUGACGCUCACACCGGAAACGAGAGUAGUUCCGAGACUCCGGUUGUGAACGUUUCGGCUGGAUUGGGUGGCUCUGUUGGGCAGACCACUCCGAUCAACGUUCCCUUUUGAUCGAGUGCGGCCAUGGGGUCCACUCCGAUCACCACCUUUGUUGGAUCGAGCGCGACUAUGGGGUCCGCUCUGUUCACCUCGGUUAUUGGACCAACCACGGCUACGGCCGCAAUGGUCACCCCACUCGGACCGAAUAUGGCUUCGACCAUACCGGCCAUUCCCUCACUUGGACCGAACACGGGUGUCUUCACAUCAGCACCGGUCGAACAUCCUACUGUCAUGCUGCCUGCGAACUCUGUCAACCUUGCGAGUAACUAAUUCGAUCUUCAUCUCCUUCCGAUGCCAGAACCGGGAGGGAGACGGUGUAUGGGCUGGGAAAUUAGCGAGUAGAUGUGAGAAUCCGAUUUGGUGAUUCGUGGCUGGAAUUUGGAAGAAAUGAAGCUCAAAAUUAGCGUAACUAUUGUUCAUCCACGAUGUUGCAGGUCUGAUUUUUUCAUUCUUACUGUUGAUUUCAACCAUAAGAUUGAUGUAUUUAGAGCGGGGAACAUUGCCUAACCACAAUCUAGGGUUUGUUGAACAUGAAUUGUGAGUUUUGGGUGUAAUUGGAGUCUUUGAGCACUGUUCAUAGCGAGAGACAUACACUGGAGGUUCUCCAUUUCAAUUCCUCUUUCUGGUGCCAUUUGUAGGCGAAUCCCAAAGACCUCAGCUUCUUCCUCAACAGAUGUUAGUGUCACAUUGAACUCUCUUGAUGCCAUUGCUACUGAGGACAACUCCUUGGGCCACUGGAAUGGACUUGUUGCUGCCCAACUUUUGCUGACCUUUGCUGAUUAUCUCCGUUGGAAAUUGGAGUCCAAAUGGCAUUGUGGCGCUGCUAGGUCGGGUUCCAAGGAGUUGUUUUCAAUGCUGAAGCAAUGCCAUGAUUUCGGAAGGCCAUGAACUGCAUUUCCACUGCAAUUGCAACUGGUUUCAGGGCAGUUUUGGGCGCUCUUAUCUCUGGUUUUUGUGUGAGCUGAGGACACGAUGCUGAUGGUUUUGAAGGCUGUUGGAGUGGCUUUGCUGUGGUAUACCGGAACUGAUUUCAAUUUGAUUGUGACCUUGCGUAUGGACUGGAAUAGCAGGUCGUGUUGCCCAUUAACUUGUUUUAGGCAGUAAGUUCAAACCAUAGUGAGUGGUUUAUAAACACCUGCUGAAAUUUGAACAUUCAUUGAUAAACACCUGCUGAAAUUCCAGAGGUACCAAUUAUUUGUAUCAAGUUUUGACAUUGUUAUACUAUUUGAGCUAUUUUCUUAGUCUAUUA